AGCCAAACAUCUCGAUCGCCUCGAUCGAAGCACACUCCACCAUGUCAACCGCUGCGCCGAGGAGCAUCGCCAAGCGAUGGAGGGAGCUCCACGGCGAGGACCAUUGGAAGGGCCUCCUGGACCCUCUCGACGUCGACCUCCGGCGCAGCAUCAUCGGCUACGGCGAGCUGGCGCAGGCCACCAACGACGCGUUCAUCCGCGAGACAUGGUCGCCGCACGCCGGCGCGUGCCGGUACAGCCGCGACAGGUUCUUGGAGAAGGCGGAGGCGUCGGACCAGGUGGCCGGCCUGUACGAGGUGACCGCCUUCUUCUACGCCACGGCGGGCGCCGGCGGCGUGCCGGCGCUGUUCGUGGCGAGGGAGUCAAACUGGAUGGGGUACGUGGCCGCGGCGACGGACGCCGGGGUGGCCGCGCUGGGCAGGCGCGACGUGGUGGUCGCGUGGCGCGGCACCGUCCGGCCCAUGGAAUGGCUCAACGACCUCGACUGCACGCUCGUGUCCGCGGCCGGCGUGCUCGGCGCCGGCGGCCGGUCGCCGUCGCCGGCGCCGAGGGUGCACAGGGGGUGGCUGUCCAUCUACACCACGAGCGACCCGGCGUCCAAGUACAGCAAGCUCAGCGCCAGGGAGCAGAUUUGGCAUGAGAUCAAGAGGCUAAUGGACAAGUACAAAGACGAGGAGACGAGCAUCACCGUCGUCGGACACAGCCUCGGAGCCGCCGUCGCGACGCUCACCGCCGCCGACAUCGUCUCCAACGGCCUGAACCGUCGCGGCUCCGACGACCAGUGCCCCGCCUGCCCCGUCACAGCGGUCGCCAUCGCCUGCCCCCGCGUCGGGGACUCCGGCUUCAAGAAGCUCUUCGACGAUCUCCCCGGCCUGCGCAUGCUCCGCGUCCGCAACUGGCCCGACGUCGUGCCGAGGUACCCGCCGAUGGGGUACGCGGACGUCGGCGUCGAGCUGCCCAUCGACACGGGGAGGUCGCCGUACCUCAAGUCGCCGGGGAACCAGGCGGUGUGGCACAGCCUCGAGUGCUACCUGCACGGCGUCGCCGGGGCGCAGGGGAAGCGGGGCGGGUUCAAGCUGGAGGUCGACCGGGACGUGGCGCUGGUGAACAAGAACGUGGACGCGCUCAAGGACGAGUACCACGUCCCGCCGUCGUGGAGCGUGCAGAGGAACACGGGCAUGGCGAGGGGCGCCGAUGGGCACUGGAAGUUGAUGGAUUACGAGGGAGAAGGAAGUGGAUCCAACAAUUGACGCUGCGUGCGUAUGUGAAAUAAUGUGGCGCUAACUUGUCCGUGUACUGCUUCGUCAUGUAUUGUUUUCGAUCGCUGCUUAUCCACUUCUCAUUGUAUGCAAUCCGUAAUAUGUUGCACGUAAGGUUGGUGUACCUGUAGUAGCCCAUAAUGAAAUAAAUCAGUGCACCGUGUCAAGUUUGCACCUUUCGUUUAGAUACUGGAAAAACGCGUCAAGU